CAGCACGGUCGCUUCCCCGCUGGAUUCCUUUCACCUCAGGAUGCUGCGCGCCGUGACCGGAGGACAGGCUUUGCUGCCGCCGCCGCUGCUGCUGCUGCUGAGCGCCCUGCUCUGGGGCCCGGCUGCCGCCGGCAAUCCAGAACUACCGACAGCAGUUAAUAUAACUUGGUCUUCAAUCAAUUUUAAAACUAUACUACAGUGGCAACCAAAACCAUCAGGUUACUUCUAUACAGUAGAAAUACACGGCCAUACAUCUGACACCAAAAGAAAAUGCAUUUUGACAACAGAAACAGAGUGCGAUGUUACUGAUCUGCUCAGGAAUGUGAAUGAGACCUAUACAGCACACAUACUCUCUGUACCAUCCUCGGGGAUGGAUAACUUCGAAGAACCACCUUUUGCAGUCUCUGAAAAAUUUACACCUUAUAAACAGACUAUUCUCGGAAAACCGGAGAUACUGAAUUACACACAAAAAGGUUCCGAACUGAAUGUUGUGUUUGAAGACCCGCUUACACCAUAUACAUUUCCUAAUGGAAGCUUUGAAAGUAUUCGAGAUAUUUUCCAGCAUGACCUGCAAUACAAACUCUCUUACUGGAAAGAUCAGAGUUCUGGAAAGAAAGAGAGAACAACAACAAGUCACACAUUUGAAGUGAGCGUUGACGGCACAAAGAACUACUGCUUCUACAUACAGGGAGUCAUUCCCUCCCGCAGAGAAAACCGUUACGGUCAAGAAAGCACGGUGCUUUGUACCAGUGUAGGAAGAACUAUCUUAGAUGAAUACGGAGCAGAAGUAUUUAUCAUCAUAGCAGUGAUAGCAAUUGCGGUCAUCACGCUUGCCAUUGUCCUGUCAGUCGUCCUGUGUAAACGCAAGAAAGCAAAAGCUGCAAGGGAGAAGGAACCGCUUAAUGGCAUCUAAGAAGUUAUUGUGGACACUAGUGGCAGUUCCAAAGUGAAGAAAAAAAAGACAAAACCCAUAAAUUGGGUAAUUGGGUGGAGCCUUUUAGCCUCUCUGACACAGGAAUUUUGAAGCCCAAAUGUUAUGUGGAUUCAAAAAUCCAUUAGACAGUCACAGAUGAAAAAUCCCGAUACCCCCCUGUGUCACUAGUGGCCGGAGGCUGGGAGAGUAUUCUGGUGCUCUGUUACAGUAUCCUAACCCAGCUCAUAAACUCUUCCCAUGCUCCUUCUAUCAUCCUGUCUGAAAGAGGGUUCCGAACUAGAUGGACCUUUGACUUGGCGAGGUACAGCCAUUCUGAAAGUGUGGCCUGACUGAGCCAGAAGAUCUAUGGUACCUGUGAGGGGAAAAAACACUACUUUUGAAAAAUAUGUGUCCUUUAGCUAACCAGAAGGAACAACAUCUUGUUUCUGUGAAACAAAACCUGUGUUUAUCUGACUUUCUUUUAACAUUAUUAGCUGGUGAAACGAUCUGUUAGUUCAGAUGUGACAAAGACGCUACUAUUAUUUCUGCACUUCUUGGAUAAAAUUAACUUCGUUUCUUUAUCUUUGGAUAUAGACAAAGGUAAACAAACAGAAACUACUGUGCUGGCGACUUGUAAGGAACACUCUUGAAGUAGGUAGCUGCUCUACGUCUGGAAAGCGUAUCCAGAUGACACUACACCUAGAGUUACGUGGACAGGGUAGUCUGAUGGCUCCAAGUAAGUGUUAGAACAAAUACUUUGCUGUUUUUGAGUCAGCCUUAACUCACUUCAUGCAACAGAGUAGGUAGCAGUAUUUACUGCAUUUUGAAUAUUGUUUUUAAUUAAACAGUAGGUGAAUAAUAUAGUUUAUGUGGUAUAGAUUCAAAUCAUCUUGGUGACGGGAUUUGGAGGUACCUUUUGCUUUGUCUUUUUAAAUAUUUAUUUUAUAAAUUAUAAUCUAAUUUUUAUAUUGGUGAUAUCUGUAUUUAUGAUGGUAAUUUAUACUUUUCUAGUGAAAUAAAGGUGACUGGGAAAAUAAGA